UAGAAAUGCAUAUAAUAACUUUUUUACUGGUCUAAUUACAAUUCAAUUUUUUUCAAAAUAUUCAUAAAUAUGAAUUCAAAAUCAUAUGUGCCAUGAUUGUAACUGUCUUAAAUAGUUUAAAAAUAAAUUUUGGCACGCUCACUCACACAUACGUGUUGUACCAUAGAAACGACAAGAUCUUACUCACACUAAUAAACCGUUUCCAUGUUGGUUUUCGCGGCACUGAAGCGUCGUUGAACUUAUAUUCUUUUAAAAUCUGUGUAUUUAUCAAUGUUUUUCUGUGUUUUUGUGCAUAUUAUAAAGAAGUGUGUUUUUGGCGUCUAUAAAUAUUAUAAUUACUUAUACGGCAAUGGAUUUUCAUCGUUUACAAGCCUGUGAAAAUAUCAUGGCGUGACUGGACCUAAUGCACUAGGCUGAUUCUCGUAACAAAAUAGGACUUUGCACAUAUCAUAUCGGGACGUUCUAUUUUCUGGUUAUUUUUUCAGUAUCAGUGUUGCAGUUUGAUAAUGUUCCAGACAGACCACCCAUCACCCAUUUUGUCCGAGUGCCUAUUACGUUCGCUGGACCUUGAAUUGGCAUAAUAAUGCCUCGUAUGCCAACCUAGCUAUAGUUUGACUAUUGCUACUCGACUACCGUGGUUUAGCGUUGUAUCACUCAUUUUUAUAUUCACCAAUUCCAUGAUUAGCAGAAAUUGUGAUAUACGAAAAUUUUACAUAAUAUAUGUGGAAGUUAAAACAGGAUUUUAAAUGAGGGUGUUGAGCGCCUGAUUUGUUUUAAAAUGGAUGAAUCUGAGGAGAAUAUGAUUGCUGAAGAUAUCAAUAAUGAUGACAGUCCUGUGUCUGUCAAAAUAAAACCUAAGAAAAGGUCGCUGGUCGAGCGAGAACUUGAAACUAACUUGACAGCUCGCGUGACAUCUCCUGUCACUGGCGAAGGCUCUAGCACCAGCAGGUAUGGCCGGGCCCGUAGAAUCAAGACUGCUUCAGAAAUAGAUGCAGAUAAAAUAAUGAAGCCAUUAAAAGUUGAUGUUUCUAAGCAACCACAGGCAUAUAAGAUGCAUGCAUCUAAUUCCCCGAUAAAUAAGGAAUCUCCUAAAAGAACAAUCUCAGUGGGUUCAAGCAUUGAAGAUCAGAUAGAAAACAUUUAUAAUGAGAACAUUUCUCUAAGCCGGUUUGGGUCCGUUGAGAAAACAAAAUCUCAGUCCCCUGCCAAGAAAUUCAGCAAAAUUUAUAUCCGGAAAGAUCUGAUUCAGAAACCAGACACAGAUACCGCUGUUUUGAUUAAGAAUAUGUUUUCACCAAACAAAUCUAAUUCCCAUUUGAACAAUAUCCUAGAAAGGUCAUCAGAAAAAUAUUCUCUAAAUGGACAUGGGAAGGCAAUGAAUGGUUUUCCGGAUACUUCUUCAGUUGUCAAAACAUUGGAUUUUGAUGGUAAAAAGAAAAACAAACAGGUUUCCCCUGCACAGCCAAUUAAAAAGGAAGUCAAAGAGAAAAUAACUAAAGAAUUAAAAGAAAAAGUUAUAUUUAAAGAUAUAAAAGAGAAGUUGGUGUCCAAAGAAGUUAAAGAGAAGUUGGUGUCUAAGAAUGAGUUGUUUGAGCUGGAGGCGACCUGCGAGUACCAAGUUGGAGACUUGGCAUGGGCGAGGGUUGGCACAUACCCAUUUUGGCCAUGCAUUGUCACUAGGGAGCCAUUUAGUGACAUGUUUGUUAAGAAGAAACUGUUCGGCCGCGUAGAGCGCUCAGUGAUCCAUGUGACAUUUUUCGGUGACAACGGCCGCCGUGGGUGGAUCGUGGAUAACAUGCUCCGCAAGUUCCACGGCAGGGCAGAGUUCGAAGCAUGUCGCAACAAGUUCACACCAGAGUCUAAGAAGAAGGAUCCACGUCUGUAUGCGGCGCACUUCGUCUCAGAGAAGAAACUACCAUUAUGGAAUGUGUCAGUUGAAGAGGCAGAAACACUCAUGAAAGAGCCCAAGAGACUUCGAAUCGAUGCCCUCUACGACAUGCUCGAAAAGGCGAGAGCUGCCAAAACUACCCCAAGCAAACGCGAUAAGGGUGGGAAGAUCACACGGACUGACAGCGACGUCUCUUUAAGCGAAAGCUUAUACGAUACACUGUUCUCUGAAGAUGAUGGCAAACAAGAUGAUAACCGCUCGAAAAGAGCAAGAAAUAAGUCUUUAGAUGUCUCCGAAGUAGUCACAGCUUGCUUGGACAAUAUGGCGGCGAGAAGCGGCAUCAUACAAAUUCAGAGACAGUCACACAUGGACAGGUGGCUGCAAAAAGCGAAAUCUAAAACCCCAGAAAAAAUGCAACCGAAAUUACAUAUUAAGGUAGAAAGAGAGAAGAGAAAGGAUAAAGCCAAAAAGAAGAAAGAAGGUAAAAGUACGCAUAAAACGAGGAAGAAUGAAUCUCUUGUUUCUGAUACUAAUUUGCUUCCAUAUCAAAAUGAGCAUGAUUAUAGCAGUGUCAAUUAUGAAAACCAUGAUAUCAAUUACAGUUCUAAUAAAAAUACUGAGUCGGCGAGUGGACUUGAUAGUACAUUGGAUACUAGUACAACUAUUGGUGAUGUUGGUGUUACCGUAAAAAUAGAAAAUAUUUCUAGCAGUAUGGAAGACUGUAGCCAAGAAGAUAUCAUAACAUCUAUAGUGAAUGAUGACAUUGUUAUGACAGAUUCAGUCAAUAUUAGUAAAGAUGAAACUAGAAAUAAUGUAACAAAUCCUAAGGACAAUAUUAAUAAUAAAAUAAAAAAUAACAAUGAACAUAUUCUAGACACCGGUAACAAAAAUAAUAAUGAAUUUGUAGAAAUAAAAGAGGAACUUCCAUUAAAGAACUGUGAUUUAACAAAUACUAUUCACCCUAGACGAAGUAAAAGAAAAAGACAGACCUUUGAGGGAAUAAACAAUAGUAUCACUGAAAAGAAAGCUAAAGAACCUAAGUUAGAUUUACAUAACCAAAAACCCAAUGAGGAAACAACAACUCCCAAAAAUGCACCUAAAAGUAAUAAUAACCAGGAAAGCAAAUUAGACGAAAGUAAAGAAACUGAGGAUUCCGAAAAAACGGAAAUGGCUAAUAAUGAACCAACCAUUGAAAAUGUUGACAAGGAAACAUCUCUAAACAUCAAGAUUGAAUCAACAGACGCAUUUCCUGAUCAGUCAAAACUUCCAGUUGAACCUUUAAAUAACUCUGCAAAUAUAGCUCAAUUCGAAAGUUCCAAUCAAGAACCAGAGCCACAGCUAAACAGUGAUGUCCUAACUGUUGAAACUGCUUUUGCACACGCAGAAUCGGAGAAAUGUGUUAAAGAAGCUUGUUCGGACACUAUUACCAAUGAUAGGGAUAUAUCCACUAUUAGACGUUCUAGACGGUCAAAAGAAAAACACGACGCCAAGAAGACAAAAAAUAAUUUAAAAGAAAAAAACAACGAGGUUGAAUCAACUGACCGUAUGGCUUCUGAUAGUAUACCUAGAUCUGUGGUUGACAAUAUAUCACUUAAUACGGACACGGAUAAUAAUAUACCAACCGAAAUCAUAUUUGAACAAGAAACGUCUCUAAGCAACAGUGCUGAAUCAAAUGAACUUAUUUCAUCUGUUGAAAGUCAUAAAGAAGCAUACGCAGAAUCGGAUAAAUGUGUUAAAGGAACUUGUUCGACUACGAUUACCAAUGAUAGGGACAUAUCCACUAUCAGACGUUCUAGACGGUCAAAAGAAAAACACGACGCCAAGAAGAUAAAAAACGAUUCAAAAGAAAACAACAAAGUCGAAUCAACUGACCGUAUGGCUUGUGAUAGUAUACCUAAAUCUGUGGUUGACAAUGUACCACUUAAUUCAGACAAUACGGACGUAUUUGAAAAAGAAGCAUCUCUAAACAGCAGUGCUGAAUCAACUGAGCUUAUUUCAUGUGUUAGUAGUAUAUCCAAACCUGUGGUAGACAUAAAACCACUUAAUUCAGAAAACGCCGUAACAGGGAGUAAUGAAACACCUAGAAUCAAUUUAGAAAAAGAUACCUCUCAAGACACUAGGGUUGAAUCAAAGGAAAUAUGUAGUAACAAACCUAAAGAUGAGAUUAAAAAUAAACCCCUUAGUUCGGAAAUCACGGUUACAGAAAGUAAUGUGCCAACUGUUAAAAAUAUUGAAGAAGAAACAUCUAAAAAUAGGAAACUUGAAUCGACAGAGCCUAUGCCGUGUAAUAGCAAAUCUAAACCCGUGGUUGUUAUCGAGCCACUUAAUUUUGUAAACACUAUAUUAGAAAGUAAUACAGCGACUGAAGAAACAUCCAAAAACAGUAAACCUGAAGCAAGAGAGCUCACGUUAUUUAAUAAUAAAUCUAGACCCGUGGUUGUAAUUGAACCACUUAAUUGUGAAAACAUAGUAGAAUGUAAUCCACCGAAUAUUGCAAAUUUAGAAAAAGAAACAUCUCAAAAUAACAAACUUGAGUCAAUGGAGCUAAUAGCAUUUCAUAAAAGUUCCAAACCCGUGGUUGUUAUUGAACCACUUGACAUGCAGGGUCUAGAAACACAAUUCAUAAUUAAAGGGUCAACACCACUUGUUAGAAAUAGGUCGGUAGAUAGUUUAAAUAAAAAAGAUAACAUUGAAGACAAAUCAGAAACAACAAGUGUAUUAUCAGAUUUGGUUCAAAAUGAUGUUUGUAAUGCUUUCAAAGACAACGACAAUACAACAGAAGUGAGCAGCGCAGUCGAUGAGUUAGGAAACGUGAAUACCAAACCAGAGACUGAUACAGCUUCAUCAAGUCAAUAUACUUAUGCGAAACCCAAGAAAACUCAUGAUGUUCUUAAAAACCGUCAUCAGGAGACUGAGAUAAGUUUUGAUGAUUCCGAGAGAAUGGAAGGUGAUGACUUUACAACUCAUGUUGUCGAUGAAGACCCGGGCGUUACGACCAGCUCGAUACCGUGCACUGAAUUAGCGGAAACUGUUCUUGAUCCUUCCCCAUCAAUAGAGAUCAAAACAAUUGAAGUUCCUAUACAACCUGUUAUUAAGAAAGAUGAUGAAAUUCUUAAGAAUAAUGUUCAGACCAAUGUUGUUAUUGGAGAAGAGACAUUUAUAUUUGAUAGGACAUUAUCACAAGAUUACGAUGAAAUUGAUGGUGAUUGUUAUGAUGAAUAUAGUCAUUUACCCCAGGUUAUUAUUAAUGAAGAAACCGAAAAAGCCAUUUUAAUUCAAAAUACUUUGAUUAGCAAUCAAAAAAUUUCAUCACAAGAGUCUUGUACAGAUAAAAUAAACAAUAGUACUGAAAAAAUAUCAAGUUUAAGUAAUGAUAGUGGGCCUGAAAUUGUUAAAAACGAUUCACAGAUCCAAGGUAAUUGCAUUUUUUUAGAUAAAAGGAAUAUACACAACGAUUCCGAGAUAGUAGAAGACCACGAAGUUCCUACAGGUGAUGUAAGUAGUAUAGCGAAAGAAGAAAAUAAUUGUAACGAAGUAACUCAAGACAAUAAUGACAAGUGUGUUUUUUUAGAUCAACGUUCAAAAACAGCAGAUGCACAAUCAGCUGACAAUAUUGAGAAAAAAAUGAAAUCAUCAAGAUUCAGUUUAAAUAUAACCAGGAAUCGCUCAUUAAAAUUAAACAAAGUAAAUACUGUAUUAGAAAGUUCUAAAAUAAGCAUUGCAAAAGUAAAUACAGAAUCCGGUCAUCUAAAACCUGCAUCUGUUAUUUCGAAUGAGAAUGAAAUGUCGAUUAGUAGUAAAAGAAGAAAGAGUGAUCCAGAAUUUGUUAAAUAUAUGGUGAUUCGUCAAGAUGCUCUAUUGGAUGAACAACCUGACUUGACUCAAGAUGAAAUUGUAACAUAUUUGUACAAAAAUUGGCUUUAUGAAGAGGAGAAAAAAUCAGACAUGAAAAAGAUGGAUGACAAUGAACAGGCUAGUUUAGUUAAAGGUUUUCAAAAAUCACAGCAGCCGAAGAAAGUUAAAAGGAAAUCUAAACUCGGGAAUGUAGCAGAGUUGAAAAAUGUAGACAUACGGAAGAUUUUGAAUAAAGGGAAAACUAAAUCUUUUCCUGAUCAGUCAGAACUUGCAAAUGAAUCUUUAUAUAACUCUGAACACAACAUAGCUUCCUGCGAAGGUUCCUAUCAAGAACCAGAGCCACAUCGAAACAAUGUUAUACAAACUGUUGAAAGUAACAGGAAUCCACAUACAGAACCGCAGAAAAAUGUUAAAAAAGCUUCUUCUGUUAAAGAAGUUUCUAUCGCAAAUGAUAACGAUUUAUCCACAAUCAGACAUUCUAGACGUUCAGAAGACAAGCGCGACACCAAAACGGCAUGGAAUGAGUUAAAAGAAAAAUUGGAAGAUAAAUGUGUUGUAAAAAUAGCUUCGAUAAAUACUACUGACAGUAAAGUGUCCACGACACGUACUCGAUUACGACUUUCAAAAGACAAACUAAAUAUCAACCCGAUACUAAAUACAAGCCCAGAAAAAUGUUUUAUAGAAACAACUCAAACCAGUUUAAAUGACAUUGGAAUUCCAUGUACUAACCGCCCAGAUCAGUCAAAACAAAAAGAAGACACCAAAAGGGCAAUGGACGAUCCUGAGUUUAUGAAAUAUUUGGAAAUUCAUCAAGAUAAUUUAUUAGAUGAACAACCUGAUUUAACGCAGGAUGAACUAUAUAACAAAUCAAAACAGUUGAAUUUGGUCAAUAAUCAAAAUAGUGAAAAUAAUAAACAUUCAGGUCUUAUAAAAGACGACCUAGAUAUCGUACAAAUCACGGACUCGGAAAAAAAUGUAUUAGAAAUGGCGUCAUCGAAUGACAGUGAAAUUUCAAUUCUAAAAGAAGAAAAAAAUGCCAAAGAGACGAUUAGUACAGAACCAGAAAUUUCCCAAAUGAAUUCUAAAGAUAGUUUAAUGAGUACUAAACCUACAGGUCGCACAAAAGAAAAACAAGACACAAAGAAAGCUAUCAAUGAUCCAGAGUUUAUAAAAUAUCUAGAAAUUCAUCAAGAUGCUUUACUAGAUGAACAACCUGACCUUACGCAAGAUGAAAUUGUUAAUUAUUUGUAUCAAAACUGGUUGUAUGAAGAAGGUAAUAAGUCAGAAAUGAAGAAAAUUGACGAUAACGAGCAGUCUAAUUUAGUUAAAGGUUUAAAUCAUUUUCCAGUGCCACCGCUUAAGAAAAUCAAGAAGAAAUCUAAGGUAGAAAAAGCGCCUGAAUCUAAAAAUGCAGAUAUAAGACGUAUGUUGCACAAGGAAAUCUCCAAAUCAGCUUCAGGCGACAUCGAAAUUUCAAGCGAAAAGGGUGCUAAAGAAAUCAACAAAAAUAAUCUUACUGAACACAGGAAAACUUCUUGUGGAAAAAUUGAAAAUGGCACACACGAAUCUAAUGUUCAAAAUAUCGACAAACUAAACAAUAUUGUUGAUUCGGAUUCACUUGGCAGGGUAGAAGCCCUUACCCUUAAAGAAAAUACAUCAGACCAAAAUUCAGAUAAAAUUCUGAAGAAUUUUAAAGAUGACAGCUCUGAAAAGUUGAACAAUCGUACAGAGGAAGCAAAAAAAAAUUCAGAAGACUUUGACGACAUAGAGUUUGGCCUAGAUGAACUUGAGGGCAAAGAUAAUGAAGACUCGAAAGAAUCUGCACACUGCAAAAUAAUCAAUGGUUUUAUUGAUUUUGAAGAAAGUUCAAAAUCUAAAACUCAUGAAGGAUUUGAUCCGGAAACUGCUUCUAUCAAAUCGGAAGACAGCGCAGUCUCUGCUACAACACGUAAAGCACGUAAAGAAAAAGACGCUAAGAAAUCAAUGGACGAUCCUGAUUUUUUAAAAUAUCUGGAAGCUCGUCAAGACGCAUUGAUAGAUGAACAACCUGAUUUGACUCGAGAAGAAAUCGUAACGUAUUUGUAUCAAACUUGGUUUUAUGAAGAAAGUACUAAGUCGGACAUGAAGAAGAAUGAUGAAACCGAACAGUCUAACUUGGUCAAAGGUUUGAACCAGGAACCGCCCCCAGAACCAAAGAAAAUUAAGAAGAGACCUAAAGUUGAAAAAGAAUCAGUGGAAAAGGUGAAAAGCACCGAAGUCAAGGACAUCAAAGUCGAAAAAUCUGAAAAGGUUUUGAAAAACGCCGAUAUACGGGAUAUGAUACAAAAACCGAAAAGGAAGGCGACACAAUCGAAACCUUACUAUAACGAAGAUGAUUCCGAUUUGGAGGAAGAAGAUUUAGAAACAUUUAAAAUAUUUGACAGAGACGAACCCACCGAAGAUGGCGAGGAAAUAGAUGAGGUAGAAUUAUAUUUCGAACAGCUAACAAAACCAAAGCCUAACGUUUUUAAAGGUUAUGUAAGAGAGCGAGUUUGCGAAAUUUGUUAUCGCGCAGGCAACUUAGUCAAAUGUAAAAGCUGCCAUGGAACGUAUCAUGUAGAAUGUGUAAAGAAGGAAGCUGAAGUCACCGAAGUAGCGGGACCUACAAGAGGCCGAAAGAGAAAGCGAGGCCGCAAGCCUAAAGGCUACGAUCCUUCAUUAGACACUGGAAGCCAAAGCGACGAGCGAUCUCAAGAUGCCAAUAACUCAGAAGAAAUUAACAUUUCCAUUGAAGACGAAGCCGAAUCUCAUAUAGUAUUUGAUGAAGAUAAUUUCGAAACAUUAUGGGAGAAUAAAAUGAAAGAACUGCAAACUGAUACUCAAGAUGACUACGUUAGCGAUCAAGAAAUAGAUUGGGAAGUUGAGCCGGGUCAUUGCGAAAUAGUCGAGUUAAAGCAUAAAGAAAAACCUAUAGACUAUUCAGACUACAAAUGUAAUAAUUGCCUAAAAUAUGAAACUCCGGUAUGCUUCGUUUGUAAAUCGAAUAAAUCGCCUAAAGCUUUAACGGAAGUGCGUCAGAAAUGCCAAGUAGCUCACUGCCAUAGAUAUUACCACUUAGAAUGUUUAGAUCACUGGCCGCAAACACAAUUUAACUCUUGGGAGCCGUCAAAGACUAAUAAAAAGCAAAUAGAAUAUAUAGAAGCGUUGUCAUGUCCUAGGCAUGUGUGCCAUACUUGUGUGUCUGAUGAUCCAAGGGGAUGUAAGACGAGAUUUUGUGGUGAUAAGUUGGCGAGAUGCGUGAAGUGCCCGGCGACUUACCAUUCGUACACGAAGUGCUUGCCUGCUGGGUCACAGAUACUGACUGGAUCGCAGAUUAUAUGCCCAAGGCAUUACGAGCAUAGGCCGGGCAAGGUCCCGUGCCACGUGAACACGGGCUGGUGCUUCAUCUGCGCGCUCGGCGGGACGCUUAUUUGCUGCGAGUACUGCCCUACGUCGUUCCACGCUGAAUGCCUCAAUAUCAAGCCGCCUGAAGGAAGCUAUAUGUGCGAAGAUUGUGAAACUGGACGUCUGCCUCUGUACGGGGAGAUGGUGUGGGUCAAAUUGGGGCACUACAGAUGGUGGCCGGGUAUAGUCCUUCACCCCACAGAGAUCCCGGACAACAUUCUAGCUGUCAAACAUUCGCAAGGCGAAUUCGUAGUAAGGUUCUUUGGGCAGUAUGACCAUUACUGGGUCAACAGAGGCAGAGUGUUUCCUUUCCAAGAAGGUGAUUCUGGCAGAAUAUCAAGUCAAAAAUCCAAGAUAGACGCCGCUUUCACCACCGCCAUGGAACACGCGCAGCGGGCUUGCGAAAUAUUAAAAAAAAUGGAGCCCAACGAGGAAGAAGAUCUAGACAUCGCAUCCUCCCUACUACCACCACACUAUGUCAAGCUAAAAGUCAACAAGCCGGCCGGCAACGUCGUUCGACGAGAUGUAGACGCUAACUCACUUACACAGUGCGAUUGCGAUCCAAAUCAACCUGAUCCCUGUGGACUUUACUCUCACUGUCUCAACAGGAUGCUACUGACGGAGUGCGGGCCGCUGUGCCGCGCGGGCGAGCGCUGCCACAACCGCGCGUUCGAGAGGCGCCAGUACCCGCGCCUGCAGGCCUACCGCACGCCGCACCGCGGCUGGGGGCUGCGCACGCUGCAGGACAUCAAGCAAGGCCAAUUCGUGAUCGAGUACGUCGGCGAGCUGAUCGACAUGGAGGAGUUCCGCAGGAGGAUGUGCCGGAAGCACGAGAUCCGGGACGAGAACUUCUACUUCCUCACGUUGGACAAGGAGCGCAUGAUCGACGCGGGACCUAAAGGGAACCUUGCCAGAUUCAUGAACCACUGCUGCGAGCCCAACUGCGAGACGCAGAAGUGGACGGUGCUCGGCGACGUGCGCGUCGGGCUGUUCGCGCUCUACGACAUUCCCGCCAAUACCGAAGUGACGUUCAACUACAACUUGGAGUGCGCCGGUAUAGAGAAGAAACGGUGUCUGUGUGGCGCCAAGAGGUGUUCUGGCUACAUUGGUGCUAAACCCAAACAGUUACAGGAAGACAAACCAAAACUACCCAAGCGCACAUACAAGAAGCGAAAACCGGUCGAAGAAACCAAACCCAAGCUACCAAAAAUAAAAAUAAAACCCAUCAAGCCGCGAGAACUCACAGAGAUCGAAAAGGACUUACUUAUAAUUAAAAAUGCUACGAACGGAAUGUCGAGCGAUUCCGAAGGUAGCAGGCUUAGUGUGGAUGAUAAGAAUCCUAAGGCGUUGAAAAGGAAAAGAGUUAGCUUUUCCACUGAUGAGUUGAGUGGAAAAAAAGCUAAGUUAGAAAAUGAAGUUGAUGCUGUCUGAUGUGAUCCUCAAGGCUCAAGAACCGGUUAAAUUUCCGUACCAUUUUCAUGUACUUGGC